CACACACACACACACACACACACAUUAGAAAACACGAAUAGAAAAUAAUAAUAAUAAUAAUACUCGAUUCUUUGAAAAUUUUAGAUUUUCUAAAUCACCGUUAGUAGUAGAUACUAGGCUUUGCUCUGGGGAAGGGAAUCCCCUGACCCCUCCAUUCUUUUUCAUUAUUUGAUAACGUAUUUCUGCAUAUUAAGGUGCUUGGUUUGCUGAUACAAUGGCAACGAAAGCGCCCCCAGUUGGUGGCUUAAGCAUGGUUUCGUUGCGUCCCACUUAUUCUAACCGCUUUCAACCUCUCAAAUCCUCGUUUGUAAGUUAUGGUGUCGGAGCACUAAAUGCUCCUCAGUUAAGAAUAGCUCACUCAAAUAGAUUAAGAUGCAAUUGUCAAGGGGGAGGUGCUUUUGGUGCUCAGAUGAAUCUUUUCAGUCGAUUUGCUAGAAUUGUCAAGUCUUAUGCCAAUGCAAUUUUGAGCUCGUUUGAAGACCCUGAGAAGAUCAUAGAACAAGCAGUUCUUGAUAUGAACAAUGAUUUGAUAAAGAUGCGUCAAGCAACGGCACAGGUUUGGGCAUCGCAAAGGCAGUUGAAUAACAAAUAUGAAACUGCUCACAAAGCUUCCGAAGAUUGGUACAGAAGGGCAGAACUUGCUCUCACAAAGGGAAAUGAAGAUCUUGCUCGUGAAGCACUUAAGCGAAGAAAAGGAUAUGCUGAAAAUGCAAGUGCUUUGAAGGCUCAGCUUGAUCAGCAGAAAAUUGUUGUUGAUAAUCUUGUCUCCAAUACGCGGCUUUUGGAAAGCAAGAUUCAAGAGGCAAAAUCGAAGAAAGAUGUCUUCAGGGCAAGGGCACAAUCUGCAAAGACUUUGACCAGAGUUAGUGAAUUGGUUGGUGACAUCGAUACAAGCAGUGCUCUUCAUGCUUUUAACAAGAUGGAAGACAAAGUGUUGGCCAUGGAGUCUGAAGCAGACGCUUAUAGCCAAUUAAUAACUGACGACCUUGAGGGAAAGGCAGUGAUUCAGUUGCUAGAGCGCUCUUUUGUUGACGAUGAGCUCGAGAGUUUGAAGAAAAAGCUAUCUGGGAGCUCAAUGAAAGCAGAGCUUCCACCUGGGAGAACCACGGUUGCAGCAAAACCAUUUCCAUUUCGAGACUCGGACAUCGAGAAUGAGUUGAAUCAACUGAGGAGAAAAGCAAAGGAGUUCUAACUGUUUGACUGUUUGCUUCAAGUCUCAAACACAGUGGUUCAAGGGGCACAUAUGUUUCCUCUAAAAGCAUCUAGAAAGGUUUUUUGGUUAAAUUUAAAGCUUAGUAUUUUACUAAAUACGUAUGCAAGUUAUGGAAGCGUUUAGGCCAUUGAGUGUGUCA